AUGGUAACAUACGAAGAGGAGACACUGGCCAAACUUGGCAUCUCUUUGCAAGAUCUAGAGCUCUUUGUAUCUCGUUCAAAGGCAGGCCAAUACCUUCUCGUUGCGGGGAUUGCCCUUCUCAUCUACGAUUGGUUCUGUACGGCUGAAGACGAAUGGAACUACAUGUGGAAACAGAAACCACGUCUACGCACCGUCAAGGUCCUGUUCGCUCUGAACCGCUAUCUUCCCUUGUUCACCCUGUCUGCACGCUUCAGCGUGUUCUCUCGGGCCAUCCAUAACCCACUUGUACGUCCUGGUUGCUAUCUAUUCAGAUCACCCUUGAUGCUCAUGUCCAACGACCUGUCGCAUGCCGCUUUUCGCCGAUACUCGUCGUGCCUGGAUGCCAUUCCCGACUCUAUUUCGCCCUCCACCCACUCGACUCGCAUUCGUAAUUCACGCGUUACGGGUUCCCCCAUAUCUCGACGGCCCUCUUCCGGAACCAUAAAGGAUUGCAACUUUCGACUCCUCAGCACGACCGGAUUCACGGGUGUGAUCAACGUCGCUGUCGUCGAGAUCAUUCUUCUAUUGCGCGUGUGGGUUAUCUAUUCCCGCAAUAAAUGGGUAGGCAUUGCGCUAUGGUCGUUUUACGCCGUCGCCCUCGCGUUGGCUCUUGCCGUAAAGUAUCUCCAACCCCACACAAACCUCCCCUUUGUUCGACCGCCAUCAUAUGGUGAAAAUGGUUGCUCGAAACCGGCGCCCGGGGAGAUGUUCUUCAUUUACGGGAUUGUCUGCAUUGCAGAGAGCAUCUUCUUCUCCAUGCUAAUCUACAAAGCAUGGGAAAAGUCACGGAGUGCAGCUCGAACGCCAAUCUUGACUGCUUUGCUCAAACAAGGAACAUUUUACUACUUUAUCGUACUGAUGAUCCUUGCCGUCACAAUGUUGGCACCGUUUGCCGGCGGCAUGUACUUUCCUCUCGCAAACGGCCUCAUUAUCGUCCCCAUCACAUCAGUCGCUUGCACACGCCUCGUACUCUCCCUCCGCGGAAUGGUCACCUCGCAAGAAGUCGUGAGAGGAUCCCAAAUGGGACUUUCUAAUUCUCGUAUCGGCGCCUCGAGUUCCAAUUCCCACUCGCGAGGGCUCAGUGGUGGGGUUGGGAGUGGUGGGGGCAUGGUCGUACUCCCUCGUGGUGCGGGCGCAGGUGUUGUGAUUACAGGAACUGGAAGUCGUAGCUCCGUGUUCCCAUCGAGCAAUACACAGUCACACUCAUCGGGUCAGACCAAAUCCCAUCAAAGUACUACCGACAAUGAUGCGAUUGCUCUUCAUACCAAGACCAAGGAGGACUUUAUGGAGGAGGAGAACGACAAAGAUGAAGAGUAUGCCCUUCCCACUCUCAAUCAUGCCUAUACGAAUCGUCUUCAUACUCCAGAAGACGAAGAGAGAAGAGGUGCAUUGUACCCACCCCAACGCACACUAUCGCCUCAUACACCGAUGCGGCGAUUAUCUUGGACGCAAAAAAACACUCCCAUGCCACCCAGUGCCCCUGUUCAUAUCCACCGACAGACUACGGUGACCAUAUUUGAAGACAAUAAUGCCUAUGAAGCCACCGGUAGGCGCUUCAACGAUGUGGGAUCCGGAACGCGACCUUUGCAAACCCGACGAUCUAAUAGCGCAAGUGGAGAUAUCGGACAGGGUAGUCUCCUGGGAUCAUCCGCUAAUGGUGGUCGCUCGAAUAGCUCUGAAGUUUACAGCUCCCAACGACGUCCUGCAACUGCAGACACAGGGAGAAGCCGCCAGAGGGAGAGAGAUAUGUUGGAGUACCACGAACCCGUCUCGAUUCAUCCACUCAUGCCAUCACCACGUUUGUCAUAA